AUGAUGAGCCACUUUGGCACCAUUUCCGACAUAUAUAUCCACAACAGGCGUGGUGUGAAGAAACGGAAGUACAGCAGGAACGGCUGUAUAGAAUGCAAGAGGCGCAAAAUGAAGUGCGACGAAACUCAUCCGAUUUGUCAAUGUUGUCAGCGGUUCAAUUCUGUGUGCAGAUAUCCCGAUAACGUCAAGGUGGUUACUAAUGGAACAAGAGGAACUGAACCGCUGUCGCUGAAACACAAAAAAGUUCAAAUUCAAACUCAGCCUGAAGUUUCACCAAUACCGUCUCUUUUGAAUACAAGCACCGAACAAGAAUCAGAGGCUGUCAAAGGUGUUCUUGAGUAUGCCAAUUACCUUGCCAAUGAUCUUUCGGAGUACGAACUUCUGGCUCAAGAUUGGACACUUCCAGACCUUUCACCUUCCAAUUUGGACCCCACUACUAAUGGCAUUUACGACACCACCUUCAAUUUGGGAUUUGACGAAUCGUCGUAUUUCCAGACCCUUAAGAAUUGGAACAAUAAUAUGAGCUCGAACAUUGCUCAAAACAGCUACUCCUCCAACUCGGAACUCAUCACAGAAGUCAUUAACCUGAACAAUUUGACUGGCACCGAUUUGUUUUAUUUCAAAGAAAUCACUUCCACAGAUAUGUCUUUUCACUUGCACCCAUUCGCUACAAACAUCGAAACCAAUCAAGCGGUACACAUUUUCUUACAGCAUGCGGUCAAUAGAAAACACUUGCUAUACUCACUCUUGGCACUCGCAGCCACCUAUUCGUUUACAAAGAACAAGAAGCCAAUCCAUGAUACGAAUCGAAAGAAAUUCGUUUUACGGUCCCUAGAAUUGGUCAAGUCUGAGCCAAUGUCUUAUACAGACAACGAUGAUGCCCGAAUGAAAAUUGAAGGUCUUAUUCUCACGGUUCUACUUCUCUCAACAUUUUUUGCGGAGGGAGGUAUGAUUGACAGUCAGAAUAUCACAAACUCGUGGAAGGAGCAUUUGGACAAAGCGAAAGAGCUUUUGAACAGAUACAAUAAGCUCACGGAAUUGGAGCCAAACCGAGAGCUAACUCCGGGUAUAACUCUUGCCAAGCUGUGGUUUUUCAUGUACGAAUGGAUCGUGAUUUUGAACACAGAUCCUAGAAAACGUCAAGAUACCUUACACACAUUUCGUGAGUCCGGAUCUUUCAAUUACAGCGUGAAUCCGUUGUAUCAUGCGUCGCUAGUGAAGCUUGGAUUUCUCAUCACCAACAUGCCACCAAUUCCUGAGUACAAUGAGUUUCUUGGGUGCACCGAAGACGCUGUUAAUGCUAUCGAUCUUUUUGAGUUUUAUUUGGACGAGAUAUGUGAAACUUUUAAGCAAAGUGGAACCCUUGGACAAGUUGCUCCUGGCAAGAUCUCCAAAUUAUUGAGUGCCAUACACGAUGCAGAAUGUGUUCAAAUUAUGCCUGGGGUGAAAAGUGACUUCAAGAUCUCAAUCACAUCUUGUGCACAUCCCGAAUAUGAUCUUCCCGACAAAGUGACACUUCCUAAAUCUGCGUAUGCAGUUGAUAAAGCUGACGAUCCUGUAAGCUACUACUCAUGGUACGAUUAUUGCCAGCAAGUGAGCAUGAAGUACCUAUACUUGAAGAUCUUCACUACACCUGGGUUCCUACAUCUUCCCAAACGACAUGCUAUGAUCACAAACAUUGUAGACGAUGUUUGUCGAACGACGUUUUUCAUCAAGCGGAAACCGGUGCGACCUGGCGAUACUGCUUUUCUAGAAAGCGACAACUACUAUUUGCCGGUUGGACUUUUCGACCAUAAAGCUAUAAUAUUCCAGCUCACUUUUCGGUGUCUAUGUGAAUUAUCUACUACAGAUGACCAGUUUGAGAGAUUGGAAUUGUUCUUCAAUGGACUCUACAUGCUCGGGUAUGGGGCUGCUGCAAUUCCGCUCGAACGUAUUGCAAGCAGCCGCAAGCGCGCUGAGAAGCUUCGGGUGCUCGAUAAGGAUAGCAAGGACCUUUUUGAUAAGAGCGAUUACGAUUAUUCACUUCAGGACCAUCCGGUUUAUUAG